UUACUUCUCUCGGCUCCAGACCCAUUGGGAAGUGCCAAAUCUCGCAUUCGUCAGACCACACUGUGGGACAGAGGUGAAAGAGGCCUAGUCCACCUGGCCCUCCUCCUGUUUUCUGGUGUUGCUGCUGGACCUCUCUGCUCUAAACUACUCUGCAUGCUGGCCAAAACCGCCUGCAGAGACCAAAGCUGGUUGGCCUGCAGCAACACUAGCAAGGCCUCUCUGGUCACUUGA